CCGAGCCCCGGCCCUGCCCGUCGAGGCGCCCAUUGGCCGAGGCGCGGCACCGCCCGGCCCCACUAUAAGGCGGCGCGGGCGGGGAAACGGCUGUCGCGCCUGAGGUGGCGUCGGUAGGAGCGCCGUAGGCUGCGGCGGGGCCGGAUCAAAGCGACGGAAUUUGAAGAUACAGUGACAACAGCAGAAUCUUCCUCAAGAAGUCUGACAAUCCGAAAUACUGACCAUGUCUAUUAUGGAUCACAGCCCCACCACAGGAGUGGUGACUGUCAUUGUUAUUUUGAUUGCUAUUGCAGCUCUUGGUGCCUUGAUACUGGGCUGCUGGUGUUACUUGCGUCUGCAGAGGAUCAGCCAGUCUGAAGAUGAGGAAAGCAUCGUGGGUGAAGGAGAAACCAAAGAGCCCUUUCUUCUUGUGCAGUACUCUGCUAAAGGACCUUGCGUAGAGAGGAAAGCAAAGCUAACUCCAAACAGCACAGAAGUACAUAGCUAACUUGGAGCAACACCUGUAUGUGGACUGUGCUUAUAUGUGUAACCAGCAGAAGAAUCUAUACUGUGAAGAACUUGGUCACGUGCACAUUACUCAUCAGAAAACACCCUGAUGAGGCUUAAAUAAGCUUUCAUUGCAACUGCAUGCACUGUGAAGUUGCUCUUUGUGUCAAUUGUGUAUCCUACUUCUGUGACAAGAGCUGACUCACCUGGCAUAAAGUCCAUUGCUGGCAAUGGACACCAGGAUAUCUUUGAGUGAAGAGACUGAUAGCAUCUUUUUGUUACUUGAAUGUUUAGCUGAGCCUAUUUUGAUGGAGCUACUACUGUAAUGUGAACUACUUUACAACUGUGAACUGUAAAUAGGCUGCCAGAAGCUUUUUGCUUUGUGCUUCACAGCACAUGAGAAUAGUGUGGUGAAAUAGUAUGUAACACAAGAGGACUGUAGGUGGAAUCCAGACCUUCAAAACCAGAUCUGCAGUUAAAACUUGCUUCUGCUAUUAACUUCUGAGUGCACAGCCAUAGAGCCAGAACUUCAGCAGUUUACUGGACUAGUACAGAAUGUUGAAAAGAAGGUAGAAUACCUUGUUUGAAAAGCAGGUAUAACCUGACAGUAAUACGUUGAGGGAAGAAACACAGGAGCUACAAGAAAGGAAAUGGUUUCCUUCAGUUGCAGCUAGGCAUAGGCUAAGCUUUUGGCUGCUAGAACUGAGCUCUCUAACCAUGUAGCUACUGCGAGGAAACUGCCAUUUUGAUGGAACUGGGAACUGAUGAUGGAUACUGAACCCUCAGGGAUGGUCCAGAAGGUUUCCAGGAAUUUGAAUUGGCAGUAGAGCAGGGUCUUCUCUUCUGUCUGCAUGCUGAAACUGCAGAAGCAGUUACUUAUUAAAACUUAUAAACGUAACUUACCUAUUUUUUUUCCUAGAAGGUCUGUUUGUGUACUUAGCAAUUCAGGUGUAUGUAAACAAAAUGUUAGGAGUCUGUUUAUAAAAAGGCUUUUUAGUCUAAAGACAAGUGAUCAACUACAGAAUUCAAUUUGUGUAUCUUGUAGAUAAUCUUGUGGCUUAGCUCAACUACUACAAGAUAAAAGUUUUAACAUUAGUUUGUCUAGGAUUGAUACAGGGAAGCAGGACUGCUUUUCAGUGUGGGGGUGUCUUCAUACUACUAGCUGGGAAGCACUUUCAUGUAAGGAUGGCAUAUCUCUUUCACUUCCUGCUCUGUGGAAGAAAUUGUGCUAUAGAAACUGUAAAAAGAUGUGUUAAAUACUUGGAGAGGAGAAGGGACAGCACUAAACCACCAAGGCCAGCUUGCCUACUCUCAGACUGUUGAGUAGGUACACAUGCUUUGAAGCCUGGUUCAACUUAACUCUAGCCCCUAAACUACUUCAUACGCAGCUUCUUUAUGAACUAUUUUAUAUGAAGCUACUUUAUACGUAGCUUCCUUGUGCCUAGUCUGGAUUUUAAACACUUGAUUGCCUAGGACCAAAAAGCUUACUGUGGAGACCUGUUUCCUAAAAUAUUCUACAAAUAAUGAAAUUCAAAUCCCAGCUCCCUUGGAAGUCACUUCUUUUGCUUCUUGCCCCUGUGUGUAUGGCAUAACUCAGUUAAGAGAUGCCUUGCAAGCUUACUUGAGAAUUAUGCAACUGGAUAUAAGACAACAGUGGCCUACUCAGUAAGGUCAUACCCCUUUCUUCUAGAGUAAGAUGUUGUCUUGCACUUUUAGUGCUGCAUUUGGCUUCUGAUUUCUUAAUUGAAGACUCAAAUUUGAAGCAAAAACUAAUACUGACAGCAGUGAAAAGCUCCUGGAAUUACCACUAGAGUAUACUAUAGGGUAUACCAAAGGGCAGUUCUUGCCCUGGCACAUGCUUAAUAUACUAGUGUCAGGAGGCUUGCAUAUGUAGCCAGACCCACACACUUAAGAUUGCUGUAUUGUAUAAAUCCUAAAAAGCAAGGAGAAAACGGGUUAAAUCAAUAAGAUUUUUCUUUAGUUUUGGUUCACUAGGUAACAGUUCACACAGUUCCGCUCUUGCAGGUUUCAAGACAUAAUUAGUGUACAAAAGUGAUACAAAGUGCUGAAGUUCUUGAAUAGAGUAGCUACAGCAAGAUGACUUUGUCCAUUCAAGUUUACUGAUUAUACAGAUAAUUUAUCUCCAUUUUAAUUCUGCAAACAAUGCAGUGUAAAGGGCAAUCUUCAGGAAUUAAAGGAAAAGUAUAAAUCAAUGGUCUAAUUUUCUCCGUCUAGCAGUUAUUAGAGAAAGCUGGUGAAAAAUAACUGGUCUUUAGUCAGAUGUUUUAUGCUGCUGCCCCUAAGCAUCAGCAUCUUUAUCAGAUAGGUGGCUGCAAGCUAGUGCAAUAGUAAAGUGCAGAAAGUUUUCCAUACUCUUCGCUUUAGAUGUGGGUAGCUAGUAAGUUGUUCAAGUAUACAAAAAUAUUUCAUUUGAUUUUCUUUUUCUAGAUCAUGUGGGGGAAGAAGUCUUUAUUUACAAUGAAUUUCAAUAAAAUUUGCAUAAAUACCUA